AUGGAGAGAGCAAGGAAACCUCCUUUGCAAAAUCAGUUACGUUUUAAUGGCGACUGUAGGGAAGAGUGCAAGGAGGUUGUAGAGAGUAUUGAGAGGGAUGCAGACUUUGUAAUCGACCUAUCCAGUGAUACUGAGGAUGAACAAGCACUGUGGGAAGAACACGCGGUCAUCUGCAGGAUUGUGGGACCAAAGAUAUCGAGGAGUCACAUUAAAGAAUGGAUUGUCAAGAAAUGGGGAGUGGGCUUGGUGGUGGAGUUUAUACCCAAAGGCUUCUUUGUGGUUGUUUUUGCAGAAGGCUCUGAUAGAAAUAUAAUUUUGAAUCAGGAGAAUUGGUUUGUGAACAUUAAUCUUGUAUAUAUUCAACCCUGGCAUCCAAAUUUUGACCCCCUCCCUCUGGCAGUAUAUGAUAGUCCUGUGUGGAUUAGGCUAUACAAUCCACCGAUUGAAUAUUGGGAGGAUAGCAGUCUGGAGAAAAUAGGGCGAACAUUGGGCACCCUGCUAGAGGUAGAUGAAAAAAUCAUUGAGGAAGAUUUAUACACGUAUGCCAUAUUGAAGAUUGCGGCAGUUAAAGAUAUCCCUUCUCAUGUCAUUCUUUUCAUGCCAGUAGGUAAAUGGAGACAACAUAUUGAGGUUGAGAAGGAUAUUAUUGCUUGUCAAAGAUGUGGCAACAAAUUCCAUAUAUCUGUAGAAUGCAAAAUGUUCAUUAGGAGGGUGCGAAGCAGAUCGUUCUAG